GCCGAACCGAGCCUAGCCAUGCACCUGGUCAUGCUGGGGCGGCUGCUGUCCGUAGGACGGGCGGUGCUGGCGGCGCUGCGGGGGCGGCUGAGCGCUUUGUGUUGGAGCCUGGCUCCCCUCUCCCUGUCCCUGUCCCUGUCCCUGCCCUUGCUUGGCCGGCAGUGGGACUCACCUCCACGGCGGAAGCGAGAGCAGGAGUGGGACGACGCGUCCCCGACGCCCACCAGUGUCAACUACCACUUCACUCGGCAGUGCAACUACAAAUGCGGCUUCUGCUUCCACACUGCCAAGACCUCCUUUGUGCUGCCCCUGGAGGAGGCCAAGAGAGGGCUGGCGAUGCUCAAGGACGCGGGAAUGGAGAAAAUAAACUUCUCGGGAGGAGAACCGUUUCUUCAGGACAGAGGCGAAUUUGUAGGCAAACUGGUCCAAUUUUGCAAGCAGGAGUUGGAGCUCCCGAGUGUCAGCAUUGUUAGUAACGGCAGCCUGAUCAGAGAGCGAUGGUUCAAGAAGUAUGGUGAAUAUUUGGACAUUCUGGCAAUUUCAUGCGAUAGUUUUGAUGAAGAUGUCAACGUUUUAAUUGGCCGUGGUCAAGGAAAGAAGAACCACGUGGAAAAUCUGCAUAAACUGAGACAGUGGUGCCGAGAGUAUGCUGUUGCUUUCAAAAUAAAUUCGGUGAUCAAUAGAUUUAAUGUUGAGGAAGAUAUGAAUGAGCAGAUCAAGGCACUCAACCCCGUGCGCUGGAAGGUAUUCCAGUGCCUGCUCAUCGAAGGGGAGAACAGUGGUGAGGAUGCGCUAAGAGAAGCAGAAAAAUUUGUUAUUAGCGAUGAAGACUUCGAACGAUUCCUGGAUCGCCACAAAGAUGUCUCCUGUUUGGUCCCUGAAUCUAAUCAGAAGAUGAGGGAUUCAUACCUCAUUUUGGAUGAAUAUAUGCGUUUUCUAAACUGUAGAAAUGGACGGAAAGAGCCUUCCAAGUCUAUCCUAGAUGUUGGUGUGGAAGCAGCUAUAAAAUUCAGUGGAUUUGAUGAGAAGAUGUUCCUAAAAAGAGGAGGAAAGUAUGUGUGGAGUAAAGCCGACAUGAAACUAGACUGGUAACUCAACAUACUGAGUUUAGGGCAGUGCAUUAUGUAAAGAAAAUGUGUGUAUAUAUUGAGUGUAUACAUGUAUCUAAUGCUUUUAAUUACACUUGGUAUAUUAUCCAGACUGAUGUUCAGUAUAACUCUGUAUGUGAAUGUGUUACAUGUUUUUUUAAAUGCAGAUUAUGUACUUUUAUUUUAUUGAGUGUGAAAAUACUUUCAGAGCUUUCAUAUGAACAGAUCUCUGAAACAAACUUUCUGAUCCAUUUCAUGAAGGACUUAAGAGCAAACUGUUAACAUAAUGUCAUGCAGUAAAUGUUUUUAAAAUACUACAUGAGUGUGCAUGCCAGAUAAAUCAAACCCCACCCCAGGCUAUACUUCAUUCUAAACAACUGUAAUGAUGUAGAAGUGAAAACUCUUAUCAGGGAAUGCAUUCUGCCUGUUUCUCAGGGAAAGGUGGAUUGCAGUUCCUCGGUAGGUCACAAGAGGGCCAGCUGGCAGGCCACCGGUAGCACCAUCUGCCUUUUUCGGGGAUAAUAGAGGGUCAGAAUCUAGGAAUCAUUAUCUGUAAUACUGUAUUUAAAAGGAAAUCAAGACGAAAAACUUGGCCAUUCUCAUUUUUUAAGCCUUAAUAUAAAAGUAUCUGGUUUUAUUCUCCCUCUCCACCAUACACACAUAACAUUUGCAAAAGUCUUGGGGGAUGUAAAUUUCUGUAAAAAAUAUUUUUAGCUAUGAAAGAAUAUUGUAUUUGUCCAUCUUAAAACCUAGAAGCAUCUUCUACCUAAUGAUAAACAACUCCUUAUUUUACAUUGGCAAUGGCCUUAGUUCUAAUAUUUACAGUGAGAAUGUUUGCAUUUUAUUAAUUCUUCCAUUUUCCUUUUAUCUGCAAAUAUUGAUUUAUUAUUUUUAACAUUUUUUCUCUCUGCAUGCAUACAGUUCUGAUGAAAAUUCCUUCUCAAUUAAUACAAUGUAGCACAACCUAACAUGAAUCUUCUGUUGCAUAUUGGCUUUUUAUUUUGCUAAGCCAUGGCAUUAAAAACAGAAAAGUUCAUAUCUCAUGUAACCUUGCUUUAAAGGUUGCUUGGUUUAGUAAUUAUUUAUCUUGCUGGUUGCAAAGCUGCAGAUAUUAAAUGAAGUUAAUUGGGGUUUGUGAUAGCUGCCUUUGAUUAAGAGCUUGCAGCAUCAAUAUAAAAUAAAGAAAAAGAAGAAAAAGUAGGCUAAUAUACUACCCUCAUUCUUGGGUUUCUGGCAAUUGUCAUGGCUUUAUAAUAGCAGUUUUUCAAAUUUAACUAGCCCCAUCCUCCUUCUGUUUGAAGGGAAUGGGGAUAAGCAUUGCAGAGAGCAGAAGUGAGCUGGCACUACUCAUUCAUCCUGUCCGUUGAAUGUCUGGACUGUCUCACACUUCUAAAUAUUUGCAGCAGUUGGGAGUCAGCAUGCAUCAGCUGUAUCACAUACAGAAAAU